GCCCCCACUUCCUCCCAGGCAACUGCCGUCACAAAACACAACAAAACUGCACUGUUUUGGUACAGAUGUUGACAGUGUGAACGGACCGGUUAUAAACUAAAAGCUUGUAAUAAUAAUUCUGGUCAGGCUCCUGCUAACUGAAUUGGCUAAUAAAUAACAGCCUGAAACAUGCAAAACUACCUAGACGCGAUCCGGGACUUUGUCGAGAGCCAUGCGACCGGUCUCACGUUUGCCUUUGUUGCAGGUGCAGGCCUGCUGGCCUUGCGUAGAUGGAUGGCUGGGGGAGUGUGCCGGAGCAAGGUCAGGUUGGAUGGGAAAACAGUCCUGAUCACUGGAGCCAACACUGGCAUUGGGAAGGAGACAGCCCUGGAUAUGGCCCAGCGAGGGGCCAGAGUGAUCCUAGCCUGCAGGGACAUGACCAAAGCCCGCAUUGCAGCUGAUGAGAUCCGGCAGAAGAGCGGGAACGGCAACGUGGCGGUGAAGAAACUGGACCUUGCCUCGCUACAGUCUGUCAGAGACCUAGCCAAAGACAUCCAGGAGAACGAGGAACGCCUGGACAUCCUCAUCAACAAUGCGGGUAUCAUGAUGUGUCCUAAAUGGAAGACGGAGGACGGCUUUGAAAUGCAGUUUGGUGUCAACCACCUGGGACACUUUCUCCUCACCCACUGUCUCCUGGACCUGCUGAAGAAGUCAGCUCCAAGUCGCAUUGUCAUCGUCUCCAGCCUGGCACACGAGAAAGGUCAGUUAAACUUUGAUGACAUCAACCUGGAUAAAGACUACAAACGUGAGAAGAGCUACAGCCAAAGCAAGCUGGCCAACGUGCUCUUCUGCAGAGAACUGGCUGCAAGACUGCAAGGCACUGGUGUGACAGUGUACAGCCUUCACCCUGGAGUCAUCCGCACAGAAUUAGGCCGCCAUCUAGUCCCUACUUUAUCCCUUUGGAAGAGGAUCGUGGCCAUGCCAUUUAUGAUGCUGAUCAAAAGUCCCUGGGAAGGAGCCCAGACCACCAUCUACUGCGCUGUGGAAGAGAGCCUGGCAAACGCCAGCGGCCUCUACUACAGUGACUGUGCCCCCAAAAUGCCGGCCCCGCAGGCCCAGGAUGAUGCCGCAGCCAAGAAGCUGUGGGACCUAAGUGCCUCCAUGGUGGGUCUGGCUUAAACACAUCAGCCUGCACUGCUUUUACCAGCCAUUCUUCCUGCCCUGCUGGAGUCAGUGGGUCUGUUUACAUGGACGAAUAAAGCACGGAAAUCCAUUUUAUUAUCUGCUAUGCAUAAGGUCAUUGCAUUAAUCAAGAUUUUUUUUUUACCUGUUCAAGUCUUUUACACCUGAAAGAUUUGAUGAUGAGUACAAAAUUUUGCACUAUUGAAUCUCAGACUCCUGUCAGUUGAUUAAAUAGUAACAGUAGAUGUGCUGCUUUCUCUUUAUAUUACAGUAUGUACACUCCGCACACUUUAUAUUUCGGGCUUUAUUGUGUAUCUGUGGUGUGCUCCUAUAUCCUUAGCAAAACAAAGUUAUACUUGCUUUUUUAAUCUACCAUCACAGCUUAUUGUUUGCAUUUUAAUGAAAUAUUUCUGUUAUACAUUUAACUUCAUACAUGUGUUGAUUUGCACUGCUGAAAUGCUUGUGGGCCCAACAGGCUCUGAUUUUCGUCAUCAUAUGAUUGAUGUUGCAAAUUCGAAGAGACUUUUAAGGCUUCAAGCUGCUGCGUUUAUUCGUGGCAUCUAACAACAAUUACCAACAUACAGUAAGAUGAUUGUACAGUUUCUGUAUCAACCUCAGUGCAGAAAAGCAGUCAUAAAAAACACGUAAAGCACUCCUACAAUUUCCUCAAAACGACAAGGAAAGGAGGAUGAAAGCCUUUUCGUGUCCAGGUUGAAGAGGUGGACAUUGCUGAAGUAGUCCUGAAUUGUUGCGUAAAGGCUGGGAAGUGACCUUAGGUGCUGGCAGCCGUGAGAAGAUUGUUGUACUUCAGAGGAGAGAGGAUCCUCCACCAGGUGUAGAGAGGGAGUGGAGGCCUUGGGGGCAGAGAGCAGUUAGGAAGCACCCGGUAGAUCCAGUAGACUAGUCAUGUUUCUGAGUGCCCUCCUAUGUGUGUGUGGGUGUGGGUGUGUGUCUUUUUUUGUUUUUGUUUUUUAUACACAGCCGAUGCUGUUUGUUGUAUCAUGACAAGGUAGUUCUUGUGUUUUGAGGUGAGAAUUAAAUUAUGUGCCUGCUUUAACAAAAUGUGCAACAGGGAGGCUGCAGCAGUGUUAUGCUUUUGGCAAUAAAUGUCUGA